AUGAUCUCGAGAUCGUCCGUUGCCCGAUUGGCCCUUGGGGCCACGCGCUCCGCGCGCCCUUUCCAGGCUCGAGGAUUCGCCGCUGCCGCCUCCGGCUCUUCGUCGUUCGAGACGUACGAUGCCGCCGGUAUCAAGGUCGCCUCAAGGGAUGCCCACGGCCAAUUGGCCAAACUCGCCGUCGUCAUCAAGGCCGGUACCAGAUAUCAAUCCGUUCCCGGCCUCACCGCCGGUCUGGAGGGAUUUGCCUUCAAGAACACCACCAAGCGCUCCGCCCUCAGGAUCACGAGAGAAUCCGAACUCCUCGGCGGCCAGCUGAACGCCUACCACACCCGAGAGGCUCUCGUUCUCGAGACCGCUUUCCUCCGAGAAGAUCUCCCCUACUUCGCCGAGCUCCUCGCUGAAGUCCUCACCCAGACCCGCUAUACCACUCAUGAGUUCCACGAGGAGGUCGGACUCGCGAUCCACCUCAAGCAGCUCAAGAUCGCUUCCAACCCUGCCGCCAUCUCUCUGGACGCCGCUCACGCCGUCUACGCUAAGCCCAACAUUGCCCUCGCCGCCGACGGCGCCUCCCAGGGUGCCGUCGCCCAGUGGGCUUCCAAGUUCUUCAACGAGGUUCCCUCCUCCAGCCAGAGCCCCAAGGCCAAUGCCACUACUUAUUAUGGUGGUGAGCAGCGCAUCGACAGCAAGGUUGGCAACGCCAUCACCAUCGCCUUCCCUGCGUCCGGCCCUGAGGCGUCCGUGCUUGCUUCUCUCCUCGGCGGCCAGUCCUCCAUCAAGUGGUCUCCCGGCUUCUCCCUCCUCUCCAAGAUUUCCGCCUCCACCGGUGCCACCGCCUCUUCCCAGAGCUUCGCUUACUCCGAUGCGGGUCUCUUGACCAUCUCCCUCUCCGGCUCCACCGCGUCCGUCGCGCAGGCUGCCCAGGAGGCCGUCAAGGCUCUCCAGAGCGUUGCCGCUGGCUCCGUCGGCAAGGACGAGAUCACCAAGGCCAUUGCCAACGCCAGGUUCGAUGCCCUUGAGAAGACCCAAUCCUCCAAGGAGUCCAUCAUCUCUGUUGGCUCCGCUCUUGUCCACGGCACCCAGGCCGUCCAGGCUGCCGACCUUGUCAAGAGCUACUCCUCCGUCACCCCCGCCAAGCUUCAGCAGGUUGCCAAGACCCUCCUCGAGGGCAAGGCCAGCGUCGCGACGGUCGGCGACCUUCACGCCCUUCCUUACGCGCAAGACUUGGGUCUCAAGGUAUAA